GUGUUAGAGGGGAGGUGUUUCCGAGCUUCCUUGUAGGCUAGCCUGCCUACGCUAGAGAUCAAAACACUGUUGCAUUCAUAUUUUGUUAAUUUCUUAGGCUACUUUGUUUGGGAAGCAUUUGGCAUGCACUUCAAGUAGCUUUCGUUUUACAACUUCCAUGGCAGCCACCACAGCUCCCCUUGAGCCUAAAGCCCGCCUGGUUUGCUUUUGUUUGUUUUCUUCUCCCGCUUUGGAUUUGGAGAGUGAUUAUGGAAAUAUUUUGGCAAAAAUGUUAUCGCCGCCACAAAUUUCAUAGCGUACGGCAAUUGAUUGCUUAAGAAAAAGACGGCUUCGUUUUUCAUCUGUUGGCUAAUAGACGUUUUUGAAACCACAGUUAAAGAGAAGUAAAUUAUGGCCGAUGGAAAUCGAACCGAAGUGUUUGUUUACGAGCAGGUUGUUAUUUUGAUAUCCUGUGCCCUCUCUUUCUUGGGAUCUCUGUUGAUUAUAUUAACUUAUAUUAUUUGGGCAGAUUUGAGAACUACUCCAAGAAAACUGCUGGUUUUUCUGUCCAUCGCUGACCUAUUGUCUGCAGUCUCUUACUCUUAUGGAGUUUGGACGAUUUUUGACGGAGACUCCUUGGCUUGUACCGUGCAAGGAGCAAUCUCUACAUUUGCCAACACAAGUUCAUUCUUCUGGACGGUUGCCAUCGCGAUUUACCUCUACAUUUUCAUCGUGAAGUCCAGUCAGAGACUGGCCGACAGUCUGGUGCUCUACUUUCAUUUGAUCAGCUGGGGGGUGCCUCUGGGUAUCACCGUGGCCGCCCUCUGCCUCCAUAAGAUCGGCUACGAUGCCUCGGAGGUGUCUGUGGGCUGGUGCUGGGUCAGCAUCAAAGCAAAGGACCACGUGCUGUGGAUGCUCCUGACAGGCAAGAUCUGGGAGUUCCUGGCCUACGUCAUGCUGCCGGUGUUCUACCUUCUGAUCAAACAUCACAUCCACCGGGCUCAUGCUGCGCUUUCUGAAUAUCGGCCCAUUCUGGCCAGCAGCCCCAUGUCCAACUCACUCACAUCCAUGGCGGACCGCAAGCUGACCCUCAUCCCUGUCAUCUUCAUCUUCCUGCGUAUCUGGAGCACCGUGCGCUUCGUGCUCAUGCUGGCCGACUCUCCGGCCCGUCAGCACCCCGUCCUGGUCACCUUACAUGGCAUCGGAAACACUUUGCAGGGAGCGGCCAACUGCAUCAUGUUUGUGCUGUGCACUCAGCCCGUGAGAGCCAGACUGGCCAACCUCCUCUGCUGCAGAGGCCAAUCCAGGGCACAGGGCACCGAGUCCCAGCGCAAUGGAGGGGAAGACCCCCCCUCGCAUGUGGAGGACAACGGCACCCGCCGGUAGUUGGACGAGGAGUGAGACUGAGAGCACGGAAUGGAAUGGAGGAUAUUGACUCGGUAGCUCUUUGUAACAAAGACAAGAGAAAGAUAGAGAGAGGGGGGGGAAGACAGAGAGAGAGAGAGAACGAAAAUAAAACAGGCAGACAAGAGGGAGAGGGAGGGGUGGAAUCGACUCUAAGCCGCAAGCCCCCAUACUCAACUCUCCCCUGCCUCCCACAGUCAUCUCAGCAAGUGCCUUUAAGGAUUAAUGGGGAGACUGCAGUCACAUGUUCACAAAGGCUGGGACACAAAUGCACUUUACAUUAUGAGGGUAGUAGUGAAGCAUUAUUGUAUGGCUCUGUUUUGAUAUUUCACGAACAGACAGGACUCCUUUCUGUGGGUCUUUUUAACUUUUAUCACUUCAUAUUGGCACUCUGGGUUUUUCUGUACUGCUUUAGCCUUAAAAGGAGACCUUUCACUGAGGUAACCUUAGCUUUAGUAGUGUGGACAGAGUGUGAUUUUAUUCUGCGACCAAUGUGGCACAAGUACUGUAAACAGUCAGCACACAAGACGUUGAUUUUGUCGAGUUUGACACUAGUCUAUGCAAAUAAUGUGUACAGUUUGAGUUUUUAUUUACUAAUAUCUUUCUUUUUAUCUACCUGCCUCCAAAACACAAAUCAACCUGUCAUUGUGUGCUGUAUCAAACUAACUAUGUGCUGCAAGAAGUGUGGACAUAUUAUUUAUACAGUCUUAUCUGUUUACAUAAAUGCUGUUUUUAGUCAGUCAUGUGUUACAUAUUUAUUCCUACACCGCCCAAUUGAUUUUAGAUACAAUUUGGCCUCAGAUAUAUCUUCCACUCAUCUUUCCUCACUUUUAGCUUCAUCCUUGUUUGAACGAUGAGAGCAGAGGGAAAAUGUGCCUUUGUCAGAUGUACUGCGGUUCUGUGCAUGCACACAUACAUGUGUUACCCGGGUAACCCGGUGUAAUAGAGUAUGACUUUAAAUAAAGCUGUCUAUUAUUCUAUACAUGUAAAAUAUGCAUAAUUGAGUUUGGUGUUAGGAUUAAGCCAUAAAUCCUCUGUGGCUAUACUUGCGUCCCCCCCCCCCCCCCUUGUUGUAACAUAGCCUGAGAGCAUAGCAGUGGCUUGGAUGAACGCGCAGCACUGUAGCGAACAGAUCCACUCGGAGGAGGUUGGAGCAUUGAACAGGGAUAGUAAUUACUGUGAAGCACCAAGUAAUCUCCCCCGAAGCAUUAGAGCUUGGUGUUGUAGAGAAUGCCUGAUUGGGAAUUCACCUCAGUGCUGGAUAGCCCUCUAUGCAUACAGAACAGGGCCUAGAGUCGGUCUGUCUGUCUCUCUCUCUUUCUCUCUCUCUUUCUUUCUAUCUAUCUAUCUCUAUCUAUCUAUCUAUCUAUCUCAUUUUAACAUAUUUGCUCAGAAAUGUCAAGAACAGAUGAAAAACACCACAAAAGGGAAGUGGCUAGCAGAUGUCAUGCUUUGUGUCUGACAGUGCAGAGGCAGAUAAGAUAGGAAGUGAAGGAAACAGGAACAGAUAGAGGCGCUUGGGCCAUUUUACCCUGAAUGGCAUUUCUGCGCAUAUUGUUCCCCAUAGGGUGUUGUUGUUUGUUAACCAGGCCUUGUGACUGCGUUGAAAUAUCAGCACGUCGAGUCACAAGACUCAUGAAUCGUGAGACUGUUCGAGCAGAAAUAGUGUUAAAAAUAGCUGACAGAUUACGUUAUCCUAUUCAUAUGUAAGGAAGGCUGUGUUAAAAGACUGUUGCAAAUAAACAGCUGAUGAGUAUUUUAAAAACAAUUUUCCUAAGGCCCACGCAAAUACCGUCUCCUCUUUCCUCGUUCUCAUUGGGUUCUUAAACACAAUAGGAUUAUGUUCUCUGGUGCCAUUUCCUAAAUAUACUGUUGUAUCUAUUUGUAUUUUUCUGCUCGCUCUAAUGAGAUGUAUUCGGUUCUGGAACUUGCAUUCCCUGCUUCGAUGAUGAAAUAUUCAGUUCCCCCACUUUCUCCAUCUCCAUCUUGGUCCCCAAACAAAUUUGCCUUGCAUAAACUCCCAGAUCCACAAGUCUGCAUGCACCGUCUAUACCCGAACGCUGAGAGUUGCAUCUAGUUCAGUUCUCAAUGCACUCCGGUUCUCCCACGUUGUUCUCUUUUGUGUCACAGUAUGAACUAAAAAAGGGUGGGGGGGGGGCUAAAAAAAAAGCUCACUGUUUUUGUUGUCAGACAUUGCGAUUUAUUAAAAGUUUCAUUACAAUGAUACAUAAAUGUGACAAUGGAGACUAAAGGCCUGGGAGACUAAAGGCCUGGGAGAAAGAGCAGUUGUAGGCUCUGCUGAUUGGGAAUGUAUGAGUGGUAGACAAGAUAAGUCAUGUCCUUUAUUCUGUUUACCGUGUAAAAGUUGCAGCCCUAUUUUGUUAGAAUUACAGCAGGAUAGAGAAAUUGUAAAUAUAAAUGUAAAAGACCAUUAAAAAACAUGUCAAAAGUUGCUGAAAUUAAGUCUCAUUACAACAUUUGUGGCAAGAAUACGUCAAAUAAAAAAGUGAGACACUGUUGGAGGAUUUGGCUAGCUCAGGCUAGCAUAUAAGUAUGGACAAACUCACUGCUGUCUAUGUAAGCUAACUUGCUGUGACAGUAAUGCAAAAGCCUUCUGUGAAAGAGAACUGUUAAUGAUGGUCAUCAUCAUCAUCAUCAUUAAGCUGCCAUUUAAAAGCCAUCCUAAUGAUUUCCCUUGGUUGCAGUAUGUGGGGCUGAUGGCUUGGAUGAAUCCACCCACCUUGACCUCUUCCUGUCUGUCUUCCUCUGUCCCUCCUGUCUUCAUCUGGAUACCUCCUUUAUCUCUGGCUCCCCUCCCAUGGCUAGCAGCUGUUAGCCUCGGUCCCCCUGGAGGCCUCCUCUGAUCUCUGAUCUGGGAGCAGCUGAACUCAGUGUGCAGACUGAAACCAGGAGCCACUCGCUGGCCUGCUUUCAGCCCAGGGUCACAGUGACCUCACUGCAAACUCACCUGCAAGGUACUCCCAUGCAUCUGCACUGUACUGCAGAGACUGUAAAACGAGCCUUUGUCCCAUUUACUGUACCAAGGACAUGCUUUCAUCGUUCCAUAAACGGCAUGAGGGCAGGUUCAAAUAAGGCUGUUAACUACACAGGGGCCGGGUUAAUCCUCCUUUACUGUGCCGUGGUGUUUGAGGUCUGUUCAUGGUCGUUUGCGAGCCGGACUGUCCCCGCUUUGCAAAUGCUUCUAAUUCCCUUUUCAUUGACCUAAAGCUGUUGUUAAUAAUAAGGCAACAAUGGCCCUGGUGUUUGGCCUCAGACCCAGAUACGUUGAAAGGGAGGGUGCGGAGGAUCUCCGGUGUGUGCGGGCACCGAGGCGCAAUCAAUAAGAUUAAUGAGCGGCCGGAGAGGAGGAGUGUGGGGAUGAGGGGGUGCUGCAGUGCUGCACUGCAGGACAGGCGAGCCGACGCCGGCGGAAUGGAGACCCCUGCUGUCAGGUCGGCGCUGUGACGCCUGCACCGGGCCUGGCCAGCUCCGACGAGGAAGAGGAGGGAGAGGUGGUGAGUUGCAGGCUGGCUCAUCAAUCUGCACAUUUUUGCUCACCCUAGCCUGAGUUUGCUCUUAGGUUUGUGUGUCUGUGUGUGUUGUGUGUGUGUGUGUGUGUGCGCUUGUGUUCGUGCAUGCAAGUGUGUGUGUGUGUGUGUGUGCAAGUUGAAAGUAGCUCCAUUGUCAGGUAGGUAAAAGGUGCAAAGAAGACUUCAAUUCUCUCACCCACUCUCUAGACGCUUAGCAUAAGAAUUCACCAUGCAGCUUAAGACUUCAAAGAACCUCACAGUAAAUGCAUGUUCAUCACAUAGCUUCUGCCACUUACAAUACCUGAAGUCUAAGAAUUUCAGCUGCAGUGAACAAAUUCUUUAAAAAAGAACACCAUACAUUCCUAGGGUAGACUUGUUAUCUAUCUAUCUAUCUAUCUGUACAUCUAUACAUCUAGCUAUCUAUGUACUGUAUGCAACUGACCUUGCUGUAGCUGUGUAAUGGAUAUUUGCAGUGUCCGGCUGUGGCGAACCCUUGCGGCGGCAGCAAUCAUAUGGGCAAUGUGGGCGGAAGGGCAGAGUGCUGCGAUGGGAUGGGUGAGAGCGUCUGGAGCCAGCUUGUGCUGAUCGAGUGGAAAACAAACGCUUGUCCUUCAGGACGCCAGAGACCGGCAGCAUGACGCGUCCCGCAACGUCCCACCGCUAAGAGUUAAAACAUUGUCCAGGUUUGCAUGUUGGCAGGAGGUGGAAGACGGUUAAGUGGCGUCAUUGAAUCAAAGCUGCUAAAGGUCUCUCUCCUCUCCACGCACGUUUUUUGGGCACCCUGCCCAUUUAAUUCAUUAACUUCUGAGUGAGUGAGGUUAGAGCACACCAUUGACAGAAGCCACAUUAAUAUAAAGCCUGUAUUCAAAGCAGUGAUGGUAUAUUAUUCUGCAAUGAGGGCACUUAAAUCUAAGGCCAAAAUGCAGCAAACCCUGAAGGUUAAAUGUAAGGUCAUACAAUAGUCAGAGCAAGUGUCUGUGACCUACAGUUCAUGACCAGCAACCAUGAAUACUAUAUUUCCCCGCCUAUUAACCAAGCUUCAUACAUUGAUUUUGCUACAUUUCUUUAACUAUGAGGUUAAUACACAGGGGCAAGCUAUACAUGGGAAUGCAUUUAUUUUCUUCAUUCAUCUUUAUGAUUAAAACAUUGAUCUGGUUCUAAUUCAUAGGGGUACUGGGCAUUGCGGUUAAUACAUGGGUGCAGUCAAUACAGUUUCUUUUUUUUUAUUUGUAUAAAACACUGUCCUGCAAGUUUAUACACGAUGUGGGUAAUAAAAGGAAAAUGACUGCACACCUUUAUCAAGGUGCAAUGUACUUGAACAAGUAUGUUCAGUACAGUGCAAUCUUGAGUCAAAGUAGCAAACAAAUAAGAUAUCAAUGAAAAUUAUACUAAUUAGAAUAUAUGUACUGUAAUGUACUGUAUAAUUAUAAUUAUGACCUUUCAUACUUUCUUAUCACAUAAAAAUAUAUUACACUCCCCUUUUUCAUCAAGGAAAUUUCUAUUAAUUAGCCCCCUUUGAGAAUCCUGUAUCCUUUUUUAAAUGUACCCUGAGAGCUAUCCACAGAAAGCCGGUCAGUAAUG